UAAGAAUUUUUUCAUAACCUCCCAAAGAUACAUUACACACACUGCCAGGAUUUUUUUCUGUAAGUUCUUCCAAAGUACACACAAAGAGAGAGAAAGACAGAGAGAGAGAGAGAGAGAGUGCGAUGACUUUGGCCGACUGGCAAUAAUGAAACAGGUGUGAUCAUCGCGAUACUUAUUAUGAUGAUGUGAGGAAAACGCAAAGAAACACCAACAACAAAAUUUCUGUAUUAAAUUUUGCGUGUAAGAUUGCAUUGAGUUAUCUGUAUUGUCUGAUGAGAAAGUACAAAAGAUAAUUUUUAUUCAAAUUAUUUGUGUCCUUUUAUUUCUAUUUAAUGUUAUUUAUGCAAUUGUGAAUUCAAACAACUUUUCUGGAAGAAAUCAUGGACAUCAUUGUGAAACUGAAUGAGCAAACGGCAGGCAGAGAUAAAAUAAUAAGAUUAUUGCAAUACGGGAGUCGUACUUAUUGGUACUAUGCACAGAAUGCACAAAGCACAAGAUUCUCUGCAGAAAUUUUAAGGAGUUUGGAAUUCACUUUUAGUUCAUUCCGAAAAUUACUCCGCCUUGGAAGAUGCUUAGACAGUUUAUAUUUGGCUUUAAAAAUAAUGAAGUAUCCCGAUCCAACAGUGAAGAUAACAUUAAUUAUGGCAAAAAUAGCAAAUGCUUUAUAUUUACUGGCAGAUCAUUUUAUUUGGGUGGGUAGAGUAGGAAUUUUAAGAGUCAAUCUGGAAAAGUGGAAUAAGAUUGCAAAUAAAUAUUGGCUAAUAACUAUUAUUUUGAGUUUAAUAAGAGAUAUUUAUGAGAUUGCCAAGAUUUUUAAACACGAGAAGAGUAUAUUUAAACAAUAUCAAAUAGUCUCUUGUCUAAAAAGUCACAAGAAAGUAGUAAUGGAUACUGUUAAAAACGGAUGCGAUUUAUUUAUUCCAUUGACAGCAUUAGGUAUCACAAAAUGUACUCCUGGUACAGUAGGUUUACUUGGAGUAAUUUCUUCAUUUAUUGGUCUCUACACCAUUAUCAAUCCACUUUAUAAAUUAACUCCAUCUUAGAGUAAAAUAUUUUUAUGAUAUUUCUGUGCACACACACGCACUUGUAUAUGUAUGCAUAUAUGCAUAUGUGACG